UCCGCUUCAGCUAGAUUGAUGACGUUUUUUUUUUUCCCACUUAAUCACACGAAGUACCCUAAGUAAUGAUUCCCGAAUUGGUACUGAAUGUCUUUUAGCCUCGACGCAGUUCGCCUGUCACGACUUUAUUGCAUUAAAACAUUAAUAACUAAAAUCUUCGUGAUCGUGUAAAUUCGUCUCAUAGCACGUUACAGUUUCUCGACCUAGCUUAGCUGAGCUGAGUUUUGCUCAGAUAACCAAGAAAUGCGUUUGUUAUCAAUGAAUAGCUAAGCAGGGAUCAAGUGUGAGUAUAAAGUGUUGUGAUUUUAGUGUGAAAAAGAUGUAAAAGAAGCGUACGGGGAGGACGUUUUUUUUUUCAUCAUCGGCAACUGGUCGCUGUCUUUCAAGCAGCCUCAACUUGUGUUACACGGCUAGUGAAGAUCAUCAGCCUGAGCAGCAGAAGUGGUGCUCAAGAAUGGAGAGGCAGCUGAAGGAGCCCAACCCCAUGAAAGAGGAAGAGCGACUGGAGCCCUUUUUCCACAUUAAAGUGGAAGAGGAGCCAAAGUCCCCACACAUUAAAGAAGAAGAGCAAGAGGAUGAUAUCACCAAGUUUUUGUUGACCGAUGACAUUGUAAAGAGUGAAGAAGGUAAUGAUAACCACUGUGAGGGAUCCCAAUUCGAGAGCUUCUUGGCUCCAGUCUCAGAUAGUGACAACAUAACAUCACACUCUUCUGAUACCGAUGAUGAUGAUGAACAACACUCUCUUGGUGAUAUGGCAUGUCGCACUGACAACAAACGUGUGAAAUGUUCUCAGUGUGACAAAACAUUUUUCAACAAGUCAUCGUUGAAAAUGCACGCAAGAACGCACACAGGUGAAAAACCUUUUGCCUGCUUAGUUUGUGGAAAAAAAUUCACCCAAAAAGGACAGGUAAUAGCACACAGUAGAACACACACUGGAGAGAAGCCUUUUGCAUGCUUAGUUUGUGAUAAAAGAUUCUCGAGAAAGGGAGAUUUAAGAACACACAAAAGAACACACACUGGGGAGAAACCUUUUGUCUGCUUGGUUUGUGGUAAAUGUUUCUCUAAAAAGACAAAUUUAACAACUCACAAAAGAACACACACUGGGGAGAAGCCUUUUGCCUGCUCAGUAUGUGGUCUUAGAUUCACUCAAAAGACAAAUUUAACAACACACACAAAAUCACAUGCUGGAGAAAAACCUUUUGCUUGCUUAGUUUGUGGAAAAACAUUCUAUGCAAAGACAAAUUUAACAACGCAUACAAGAAUACAUGCUGGAGAGAAGCCUUUUGCUUGCUCAGUUUGUGAUAAAAGAUUCUGCUCAAAGACAAAUUUAGCAGCCCACACAAGAACACACACAGGAGAGAAACCUUUUGCCUGCUCAGUUUGUGGUAAAAGCUUCUCGAGAAAGACUCAUUUAGCAGCGCACACACGAACACACACUGGAGAAAAACCCUUUGCCUGCUCAGUUUGCAGCAUAAGUUUCAGUGUCCGUUCAACAUUGGUUCAACACAUGGGAACGCACACUGGGCAGAAAACGUUUGCCUGUUCAUUUUGCGGGAAAAGUUUCACGCGUAAGGAAAAAUUGAAUAUACAUGAAAGAACACACACUGUAGAAAGCCCUUUGUCUUUUUCAGUUAGCGGUGAAAGCUUCACAGAAAAGGCAUGUUUAACAGCAUGCACAAGUAUACAUGCGAGAGAGAAACAUUUUGCCUGCUUAAUUUGCGGUAAAACAUUCACACGUAAAGAAAAAUUGAAUAUACACACAAGAACACAUACAGGAGAAAAACCUUUUGCCUGCUCAGUCUGCAGUAAAACAUUCACACGUAAGGAAAAACUGAACAUGCACACAAGAACCCACACCGGAGAAAAGCCUUUUGCCUGUUUAGUUUGUGGUAAAAGAUUCUCUAAAAAGACAAGUUUGACAACACACACUAGAACACACGGUGGUGAGAAACCAUUCAGUUGCAGUGUUUGUGAGUUAAGGUUUAAUGAAACACGUCAACUUAAGAAACACAAGUGUGCUGGUGAGAAGAGCAGCAGCUAUGAAGCUGCAGAAGAAACUGGGGCUGUGAUGGGCAUUCUUGACUCAUUUUCUACUCCCUAAUCACUGUAUGGAGAUGUUUGUACAGUGGGCUAUGGACUGUAGAUGGCUCAUUUGUCAAAUGUGUUGAUAGCGUGUUAGGGAUUUUUUUUCUUCUUUUUUCUUUCUACAGUACACACACUGUACAACUGAAUCACACGGAGAAGCACAGUAGUAAGAUGUUUGUUGUUGUUCUGCCAAGUUAUCAAAACGGGUGUUGUACAUACUUGACAAUAAAACUUCUUUUCUUUCUUCUUUCUUUUGUAUUUAUGUA